UCGUCAUCAAUUCAUCAAUCAUCAUCAUCGGACAAAGUCACAAAUAUAAUAUCGAAGAUCGCCGCACGACCAACAAGAUCCAGUUAUCUAGUUUUUUUUUCUGAUAUUUUGAAUAUUUUCCAAAGUUUGCGAAUCCAAACAAAAUAUUAAGUCCAAAAUGAAUAUUAUUUACUAAAAUUGAUAAAAUAGAAACUUAAAAUAGUUUCGUUGUUUCCUUGUUGCCUCUCUGUGAUCGCUUUCCUUUUUUUUCUCUCUUGUCCUCUCGUGUGUUGCUUGUGAGUGGGGUGCAGCGCUUAAACAUAUAAAAAUUCAUGUCGCAUUCCAUCGCAAUUCUGUGUCUCAAUUUUUAAUUUGUGUUUUUUUACUUUGUUUUUUUGUGUUAAUCAUUUUUUUUUAAAUUUGAGAAACAAUUGAAUAUCCUUUCAAAGAUUUUGAAAAGAUAUUUUAUAAUUUUAUAAAAGAAAAGAGCUAAAUUUAAAGGACAAACAAAAACGAAAAAAAAAGUAAAAUGGCGACAUUUCAAAUUCAUCAAGACACAGAAAAGGAGAACGCCGCUUAUAUUGCUUCUCGCAAAGAAAACAUCGCUCGUGGAAAGGCUAAUUUAACUGCACUCGGAGGCAAGGAUAAACGGUUUGCCGUUUUAAGCACCAGUGGAGCAAAUAAUUCCCGGAAUGUUGGCGGUGGAGUAGCAGCUAAUCCUAAAGCAACUGCACUUCGGGAUAUUAAAAUUGGAGCUAAAAAUGAUGAGAAUGCUGGAAUACCCCGAUAUCAGCAGCAGAAAAAAUUUACUGGUACAACACCAGUUGAACAGCAAUUCAAAGCUUUUUCAGUGUACGAAGAUGAAAAAGUGGCUACAGAAGAAGUCAACAACAAGACUCGCAAACCUUUGGAAGAUAGGAAACCUCUACAAGAAGUUCCCGAAGAAAGUGGCCAUGAUUCAAUGUUGGAAACACCAAUGUCCAUUACAGAUGCACUCUCACCAAUGUCCAUUGAUAGAUCAAACAUAAUUGACGAUGAUACCCAUACAAAGAGAAUAAUCACAUCACCAUUGCCCAAAAAUGAUCGUGAACGAUUCUUUGAAGUUGUGGAAUAUCAGAAUUCUAUUUUGGAUUAUUUUAGGGAGAGUGAGAAAAAACAUCGCCCAAAACCAACUUACAUGAAACGCCAGCCGGACAUUAAUAACUCAAUGCGAACAAUUCUAGUCGAUUGGUUAGUAGAAGUUGCCGAAGAAUACAAACUCGACACCGAAACACUCUACCUGGCCGUUUCCUAUAUCGAUAGAUUCUUAAGUCAAAUGUCUGUGGUGCGGGGAAAGUUACAGCUUGUUGGUACAGCUGCAAUGUACAUUGCAUCAAAAUAUGAAGAAAUCUAUCCACCAGAUGUUGGUGAAUUUGUAUUCAUUACCGACGAUACGUACACAAAAGCUCAGGUACUACGUAUGGAGCAGAUCAUCUUGAAGAUUUUGUCCUUUGAUUUGUGCAUACCAACAUCGUAUGCAUUUUUGAAUACGUAUGCAGUUUUGUACGAUAUGCCCUAUCAGGUGAAAUUCCUUGCCCAGUAUAUUUCGGAACUUUCUCUGCUGGAAGGAAAUACGUACUUGGUUUAUGUGCCAUCAUUGGUUUCAGCAGCAGCGCUUGCUUUAGCCCGUUAUAUAUUGGAUUUUCCUAUUUGGUGUCCAGAGCUAGAGGAAGUUACCUCAUAUAAGUUGGAAGAUAUGAAAGAGAUCAUCUUGCAUUUGAGUAAAACACAUCUUGGAGCACCCGAAUUGGCACAACAAGCCAUUCCAGAUAAAUAUAAGGAUGCCAAAUACUGGGAAGUUUCAUCAAUUAAAGGCGUUGCAUUAGAUGAGGAAGCCUUCGAUGUUGUUUUGGAAGAACACAAACAAAUGCUUGAAUUGGAAUCGGAAAACUCGCUGGCGGCCGCAUCAGCAACAGAUCGAGCAAAUACAUCAACGAGUAACGAAAGUGUGCGGAAGAUGAUAUCCUCGCUGAUGUUUGUUUGAGCAAUGACCACCAACCCAAGCCAACAAAAAAAAAAACAA